AAAAAAGAGAGACCAGCAGAGAGAGGCAGAGAAAACCGAAACCCCUCUUUCCAAAAGUCCAAACCCUAGUUCCUUCCAUUCUCCCUCACUGCGAAACCAUCUAGAAUCUUCUUCGAUCUGCGAAUCACGUCUACGAUUCCUCCGAGAUUCCUCUCCGGCCUUCCAAUUCCGGCAAAUUUCUUCGCCGGAAAAUCUCGCGCGCGAAGAAUUUCGUUUUGGAGAAGAACUUUCUCGAUUCGCGGGUGGGUCAAAUUCGUCGCCGGAAUCUGCGCGUCCAUAGGCGAGCGUUCUGAUUUGUCGGAGUUUAUCGGUUUUCGCUGCUCAUUUUCGUCGGGAAUUGAUUUCGAUAGCGAGUUGAAGUCUGGGAGUAAACCCGUUUGCCAAGAAAGAGGAACGAAGACGAAGCGGGAGCUGGAAUUUUACCGUUUUGUCCUCGUGAUCUGAAGCAGUGAGGGAAGUGAAUUUGAGGAUCCAUGUCAAAGGUGUUAACAGCACGCCAUUUCAUGAGAUAUUGACUAAUGGAUCCUGAAAUCAAGAAGUUUGGAAGAGGACCAAGGGAGCUGACUGGUGCUGUUGAUCUUAUAAGUCACUACAAAUUGCUAGCCCACCAUGAUUUUUUCUGCAAGCGGUCACUUCCUUUGGCAAUUGCUGACACACACUAUCUUCACAAUGUGGUGGGAGAUACGGAAAUCAGGAAAGGAGAAGGAAUGCAAUUGGAUCAACUUAUUCAGAAUACAUCGUAUUCAAGAGAUACUAAUGCUCGCAUACAGCCAUUUGACCUAGAUAUUCUUCAAGAGGCCUUCCAACUUAGGGAAACUGGCCCCAUUGAUUUGCCACCAGCAGAGAAGGGAAUUCUGACUAUUGCAGGGAAGUCAAAGAGUGAGUUCAAGGACAAGGAGAGGAAACAUAAAAAGCACAAGGACAGGGAUAAGGAAAAAGAUAAAGAGCAUAAGAAGCACAAGCACCAUCAUAAGGAUCGUAGUAAAGAUAAAGACAAGGAUAAGAAGAAGGAUAAAAGUGGACAUCAUGAUUCUGGUGCUGACCACACAAAGAAACACCAUGAAAAGAAAAGGAAGCAUGAAGGAGAUGAAGAUAUUAAUGAUGUUCACAGGCACAAAAAAAGUAAGCAUAAGAGCUCAAAAAUUGACGAAAUGGGUGCAAUUAAGGUAGCAGGCUGAAAUCGUGGCAUCCAAACCUUGUUUUGUUUUCCUCGUUGCUUGUCGUUUAGAGUUUGGAGGGGUCUAUUAUUUGACGUAUGAAAUUGCUUGAGACUAGCUUUUGAACUGACUAAAGAUUGGGGAGGUGAAUUCACCUCUUGAGAAAUAUGUGGAGUCAAGGUAAAAGUUAAGUGAAAAUGAACUUUUUCUUCCCCUUUUGUAUAAUAACAAUCGUCUUAUAUGAAUGCUCGUAAUGGAAGGAACUCUGAUCUUUACUUCUGUGGUCGCUUUAUGUCAUGUACACAAGUUAAUAUUUGAUCGCUUAUUUUUUUCCCCUGUUAGAUUUUCAGUCAUAUUAACUCAUUUUUAGAGUUAGAGUCUUCAGUUGUAGGGAGAAUAGGUGAAGAAGGGUUUGCGUUCCCCAUUUUCCCCCCCUUUUUUCUGUUGUAUCAAUGAAAAAUUGUAGUUGCUAAAAGGGCUUUUUGUUGAUUUGGGUUUUAACCCAGAGGUCCUUGAAAACGUUCCAAAAUUUUGCUAGUUAGAUUUCAGAAGGACUGUAAUGUAAAUCUCGGCUCUUUAUUUUUCUUCUUAUUUAAUUUUUGCGUUUUACUGGGGGGUUGGGUCUUCCCAUUAAAGUUUUCAGCUCUAAUGAUAAUA